AUGUGCGGGCGUCGAGUCGGACAAGAUUACAAAAUAGGCUUCUACUUAAAGACCGCCAAGCCCGGCCAAGACAAGAAACACCUGCCCAAAGCAGAAGCGUCUCAAGCUCGCGACAAGUCAGAAACAUACAUCAUCGAAUAUCGGCCCGCCAUGGUUCGUUUUGCUUCCGUGGCCGUUGUAGGCUCUGCCAUGGCCGGCGUUGCCAGCGUGGCUAUUGCUGGUUCCAAGGCCGACUACCAGUCCGGCGCGGUUCAUGCUCACAUCAUGGCUCGCAAGAUGGAGCAUUGGAAGGAAGAGGAGCAGGCUGGUCUCAUGAAUAGCGCCCAGUACCCUGAGCUCGGCUACACCCCUUGUGUCAAUGGCUUCGCCGCAGCCAUCCCCGGCGACUCCAUGAACACCUUUCGGUGCCGAAACGUCGACCUGUACCACUUCCUCCCCCACACGGCGCUCGGCAGCUCGGUCGGUCGUGGUUCGUCCUCCUGGGGCUGGACCUCGGCCGACGGCCGUGAGUUUGUCGUCGUUGGCCAGAUGGACGGCGCCGCGUUUGCGGAAAUCACCCAGGAAGGCAAGUUGAGCUACCUCGGCCGGCUGCCGCCGUACUCGGUCCCGAACAUGUGGCGGGAGAUUCGCGUCGUCAAUGACCUCGUCGUCAUCGGCUCCGAGGCCCUCGGCCACGGCGUGCAGUUCCUCGACCUGAAGAAGCUGCUCACCCUCGACCCGGCGCGGCCCAAGACCUUUGCGCAGUCGGACCUGACGGGCUACUGGAACGGCCUGCCGUCGGGCCGCGCUCACAACGUCGUCGUCAACGAGGAGCGCAACUACGCCGUUGCCGUCGGCGCCGUCGGCGCCGACGCGCGCGGGCAGAUGAUCCGGCCGCACGACCUGCCCUGCGGCGGCGGGCUCAUCUUCCUCGACAUCAGCGACCCGGCCAACAUCACGAGCCCCGGCUGCGCGGGCGGCGACGGCUACGUGCACGACGCGCAGUGCCUCGUCUACCGCGGCCCGGACGCGCGCUACCACGGCCGCGACAUUUGCUACGGCUACAACGAGGACACGCUCACCAUCUACGACGUGACGGACAAGACGGGCAACGUGACCAACAUCAUCUCCAUCAGCGACUACCCCGGCGCCACCUAUGUCCACCAGGGCGCCGUCAACAACGACCAGUGGCAGGAGUACCUCUUCCUCGACGACGAGUACGACGAGGAGUUUGCCACGGUCGGCCCCAUGGCGCGCGGUCUGACGACGACGCACAUUUUCGACAUUCGCGACCUCGAGAAACCCGUCUACACCGGCCAGUACGCCGGCAAGACGCGCGGCAACGACCACAACCAGUACAUGCACGACGGCUUCCUCUACCAGUCCAACUACGGCAACGGCCUGAGCGUGCUCGACGUUGCCAGCGUCACCUCGGACCCCACCGGCGCCGGCAUCUGCGAGGCCGGCCGCUUCGACAUCUACCCCGAGGACGACGAGGAAGUCGGCGGCGGCCGCGUGCGCACCAGCGGCACCUGGUCCUCGUACGCCAAGUUCCAGUCGGGCUUCAUCCUCGUCCAUACCAUUGAGCGCGGCACCUUUGUCGUCAAGAUGACGUCCAAGGAGUGCGAGAAGCCGGCCUCGUGUAGCGCCGACAACUGCAUGCGCGCCCUGCGCGCCUCACACAUCCCCGGCCGUCUCGAGGAGAGCCAGCAGUUUUGCUGGGAUUUCACCAGACGCCUCAACAAGGAUGCGACCAAGGUGCCCGAGUAUGCAGCCAAGGCGUGCGGCAGUGACCCCGUCCAGCGAGUGAGCAGUGCUUGCGCUUGUAUCCCGGCCCCGACGGUCCCGGUCAUGACGAGGACGGAUACGUUCAGAUAUUGGCCCACCCUUUAUCCCACGCCAACGGCGUCGUAA